AUGGCGGAGGGGGAAGAGGCGGCGCCGCCAUCGCGCAGCUGUCUUGCAGAAGCUCCAGAAGAAGGAGGCUGUGAUCUUGAAACUGUGAGAAACAUCAUUCAAGGAAGGCAAUUGCCUGCUGAUCUGAGGGCCAAAGUCUGGAAGAUUGCACUUAAUGUUGUAGGAAAGGGGGACAGCCUGGCAUCCUGGGAUGGAUGUUUAGACUUACCAGAACAGAGCAUAAUUCAUAAGGACUGCCAAGAGCUCAUUGACCAAUUAUCAGUGCCAGAAGAGGAGAAGUCAGUAUUACUUUUGGAUAUUGAGUCUGUUAUUACUUUUUAUUGUAAAUCACGCAAUGUUAAAUACAGCUCCUUCCUCGGCUGGAUACAUCUACUCAAACCUUUGGUGCACCUUCAGUUGCCUCGCAGUGAUUUGUACAACUGCUUUUAUGCUAUCAUGAAUAAGUUCAUUCCAAGGGAUUGUUUCCUGAAGGGAAGACCAUUCCAUCUAUUUAGGCUGCUGCUUCAGUACCAUGAGCCUGAACUCUGCUCCUUUCUUGAUACUAAGAAGAUGACGCCAGACUCAUAUGCACUCAACUGGCUUGGAAGCCUUUUUUCAUAUUACUGUUCAGCUGAAGUCACUCAGGCAAUAUGGGAUGGAUAUCUACAGCAAGCAGAUCCAUUCUUUAUUUAUUUCUUAAUGUUAAUCAUCCUUGUCAAUGCAAAGGAUGUUAUCUUAGCACAAGAAACCGAUAAAGAAGAAAUGAUAAAAUUCCUAGAAACGUCACCAGCUAAUCUCGAUAUAGAGGAUAUAGAAGAUCUCUUCUCUUUGGCACAAUAUUAUUGUAGCAAAACUCCAGCUUCUUUCAGGAAGGACAACCACACUCUUUUUGGCAGCAGCCUGCUGGGCCUCAAAGAUGAUGACACUGAUUUGAGCCAGGCUCUCUGUCUAGCAAUUUCUGUGUCUGAGAUUCUUCAAGCAAAUCAGCAACAAGGAGAAGGAGUAAGGUUCUUUGUAGUGGAUUGUCGCCCUGCAGAGCAGUACAACGCUGGCCAUUUAUCAACGGCAUUUCAUCUAGACUCAGACUUGAUGCUUCAAAACCCAUCAGAGUUUGCACAGUCUGUAAAAUCCCUCCUAGAAGCACAAAAGCAAUCUAUCGAGUCAGGCUCCAUAGCUGGUGGGGAGCAUCUCUGCUUCAUGGGCAGUGGCAGGGAAGAGGAAGACAUGUAUAUGAACAUGGUGUUAGCACACUUCUUACAGAAAAAUAAAGAGUAUGUAAGCAUUGCCAAAGGAGGAUUUAUGGCUCUCCAGCAGCACUUAGCAGAUAUCAAUGUGGAAGGACCAGAAAAUGGAUAUGGACAUUGGAUUGCCAGUACCUCAGGCUCAAGAAGUAGUAUCAACUCUUCUGUCGAUGGUGAUUCUCCUAAUGGUUCAGGUGAUGGAAAAGGAGUCAAGUCCUUGGUGAAUAAAAUGACGGUUGCUUUGAAGACUAAAUCUGUGAAUGUGAAAGAAAAAGUUAUUAGUUUUAUUGAAAAUACAUCUACACCCGUGGACAGAAUACCUUUCAAUAUUCCCUGGCCAGAGCGAGCAAGCCUGGAGCGACACAUCAGCAGCAGUGACAGAGUAGGAAAGCCCUACCGGGGUGUGAAGCCAGUGUUCAGCAUUGGAGAUGAAGAAGAAUAUGAUACGGAUGAAAUUGACAGCUCCUCAAUGUCAGAUGAUGAUCGAAAAGAGGUUGUCAACAUCCAAACAUGGAUAAAUAAGCCUGAUGUGAAGUAUAACUUCCCUUGUAAUGAAGUAAAAGAAAGUGGACAUAUGUUUCCCAGUCACCUCCUUGUAACUGCAACCCACAUGUACUGCUUGAGGGAGAUACCGUCGCGGAAGGGAUUGGCUUACAUACAGUCUCGCCAAGCACUUAACUCCGUAGUCAAAAUCACAUCCAAGAAGAAACAUCCAGAACUGAUCACCUUUAAAUAUGGAAAUAGCAAUACUUCAGGCAUAGAAAUUUUGGCAGUUGAAAGGUAUUUGAUUCCAAAUGCAGGUGAUGCUACCAAAGCCAUAAAACAACAGAUCAUGAAAGUGUUGGAUGCCUUGGAAAGUUAAUAACUAAAGACUUUUCAGAGAACAGUUUGUAAAGAAGGAGCAACCAAGAUACUGUAUAUGGACACAGGCUCACAGCUUCCCAACUGAAUACUAACUUACGAGAAUUUUUCUGUUUGCUGAUGGCAGUGCCUGAGUAGCAGGCUUAAGAUAGGGUAAAUUAUUAUCAAUUUCUAAGCAGUUUUUUAAUUUUUCUUUUUGAUUAAUAUUUUCUGGUUCUGCAGAAAUGUUUAUUAUAAAGGUCAGUUUGUUUCAUU